AUGACUUCUCUGGACUUCGACACUGCGUUGCAGACGCCCGACAACGACGCGUCGAGCGUGCAUCUGUGUGAGCUCGUCACAGCUGGCGUUCAGAGCGAUGAGGGAUUACCUGCUGUCGCCGAGGAAUAUCUACGCGCCUUCUGUAAUACAAGCUUGUCGUACUUACGGCGAAGAUGGAUCGGAAUGGCGCUGGCGGCUAUGCUAGAUGCGUCUUCCGAAGUGGUCGGCCACAUGGAAUCUGUGGAACAGCAACUGCAAGGGCUGGGCGACGUCAUUCUCAACCCUAAAGAGCGCGAAGAGACCAAAUUUGUCGCGGGUCUUGUCAUGAGGCAAGCACUUGAGCAACACAUCGACUUUUCCUGCUUCUGGCGGUCAGACAAAGUGAGAAACAGCGCAACAAACUUCCCUGGAACUUCCGGACCUCAGUGGAUGCGCAAGUUCCACAGCUUUCUCGACACAUUAGGCGUUCUGCAUCUUGCCAACCCCAUCACUGAUCCUUAUAUGGCCUACCCUGCAGCGGUUGUGGGCUCGGAUGGCUUCCAAUGGGGCUGCAUCGGCAAAGGCGCGCCUGUUCUUAUCGCGCAGAAGGACCACCUCACGAUGCUCUUUCCCGACGAGUCCCAAAGGGAAGUUCAGUUCCUAGACGUGCCAGUCGCCAACAUCAACAGCACAAAGACCCAGCGCUCGGCACCUCUCCAUGAUUCGCAAUCGCGCCAGACGGACUACCAACCCUGGGACCUCGUCAUAACGCUCAAACACAAUGCAGAGACGUUCCGCCUUAACUCAUCGCAGCGCAGCGCGACCGAGCUUACGAUAAUGUUCACAGACGCAGAUGCAGCUAAACAUUGUGGAAUGGCUAUUGAGGACCUUCAACAAAGCCAUGGCACGCAACGUACGGUGUGUCGCAGCAGUCCCAUAGCAAUCACCAGAUCCCAACGAUCACAAAGCUCGUCCGAUCAGCUCGGCAAAACACCAAUAGACGCAGUACGGACCCCAAUGCGAUCCCCAAAACUUGAUGCGCCCAAAUCUGUAUCAUCAGCCUUGGACAGUUUAACCUUGGACCAACCCAUCUCGAACAAGAAAACGUACGGCAACGGCAAACUACCCAAGGUCUCCCAAGCUCUAAAGAUCAAAGCUUCUCAACAGAUACACAAGCCAUCAGAGGACGUUGACAUGGAAGAUUCGAGCGCAGAGAUGUCUUCGCCAUCAGAAGCAGCGCCCGAGCCUCGCAGAACCAGGAAAACAAGCGCCGCUUCUCAACGUCGUUCAACCAUCUCUCAAAAGAAGGCCAACAACAAGCGAAAAGCAGAAGAGGAUGACGCGUUUGUCCCAAAUGCUCAGAAGAUGGUGAAGAAAAGCGCGCCAAAACGAAACUCUGUUGCAGAGCCGACUACCGGCAACACAAACUCGAAGAAGGCCACACAACGACGUAGAUCUAAAGAGAUUGUAAAGUCCGACUCAUCGGCUGCGGCCUCGCGAACGUCACUCAUUGGAGGUCUGUUAGGCUUGCAGAACCCCUCUGCCACCAAGUCAGCACCGUCCUUGGCUCCACCUCCACCUUCCACGCCACCCCGCCGCAGAUCCCUGCCAGGCCGCCAGCCGCGCACGCCCAUGGAGCUACGUAAGAAUCUGAGAAGGCCUGCUCCUUUAAUACUGAUAUCUCCCGUUGGAGACAACGAAGAUGACGGCCCUCCGACUGGCGCAACCGACAUAGCGAUUCUCUCCAGCAACAGUAAAGCUGUACCUGCAUCUCCACGUGCAGAGUCUACUGCCAUCUCUGGACAUGCUGACUCCUUCGGUAUUGAUCUCGAAAAGUUGACUGCACAAAUACAAAUCAUGAAAUCUGAUCCCUUCAAGAAGCGUCGCGAAGGACUGAAGAGGUCUUCCUUCACCCGGCGUUUGACAGGAGACGAUUUGCCAGUUGAGCAACCGUCCACAAUCCACGCCCCACGGCAGUGGAAAGCUGGGGAUGAGAACGAACCACGUAGCUCCCCUAUCGAGUUAAUCUUUCCGGCCAGAGCUGGGAGCGAGCCCCUCCCGGAGCCCUCUAUGGGCGACUCAAUCCUUGCGGCUCCACAGCAAGCUGUUGACGAUACCCAGACACAGCAUGAUGUCGAGGCUCAGGAUGAUGUUGACAUGGACGGCGAUGAUACCUUGAUCGACGGCGAUGAUACCUUGGUCGACGGCGACGAUACCUUGGUCAACGACGAUUCAGAAGAGCACCUGCCAACCUACAAGGAUUCGCCCCCCAACAUCUAUUUCCGCUCGUCUCCACCAGAGUUGGGCACACCAAGCAGCCAUAGCUCGACGUCUGCUGAACAUGAGCCUUCUCCACGCACUCCUCCCCGUAGCUCUCAGGCCGAGGAAAUGGAGUGGGAGGCCACGCUCCAGCCGCAUCAGCGCGAUAUGCAUGACUUGCUUAUGCGCGUGUCAAAGCGUGUGCUCCGCCAUGUCGUCGACAAUGAGACUGCUGUAACCGACAUCGCGGACGUCUACGCCAACGAUGGCGAGCACUACGUCAACGAACUCCUCCAGCGCCAGGAGACCGAGUGCAAGCAGCUCUGGAACAACAUGAACGGCAACAAAUCAGCCCUGAAGAACGAGAUGGGCACUUCCCUCGCGGCUUUGGCAACAGAGAGGAAGCGCAUCGGCAGCGUCCACUAG